AUGAAUUUCAACGGUCAACUCAUUACAAAAGUCAAUCGUACAGCACUCGAUUAUCCAUUCUCUUUCAUACCCAACGUGCACGAUUCGAUCGAAAGAAAACUAUACUUAGUAGAAAACUUGCUUGAUCGUGUCAUUCAAUGUUGUUCAAAUGUCGAAGACUUUCAACGUGAAUACAUUGAACUAGAAUUCGUAUUUGCUAGUUGUCAUCUUUGUUUCUCUACUCUACUCAAACAUCUAUCCGAUCGUCUGCCGUACGCAUGUUUGUUGAAAAGUAGCAACGUGGACAAUACUUUGUUGUCCAAUUCGGCAUACAAAGAAUUACGCCAAUCAAUUCAAGAAACGAAGAACACAAAUAAACACAAGGAGCAGGAGGAGGAGAAGAAGAAGAAGAAGAAGAAGAAGGAGGAGGAGGAGGAAGAACAACAGGAACUAUUGACAACAAGUCGUCAACCGUUCUACUUGUAUUGUCCAUUGGACGGUGAACGAUUCUAUUUAUUCGAAGAAAAUGUUCAAUCUUUAUGGAAACAAUGGUCGAAACAAAUUGGAUCAUCUCAAUCUUUCGAUAUUAAACUUCUUCAUCGACGUACUUAUCCUCAUUAUACUGUGUAA